CAUUGGAUUAGGAUAUGAUAGAAGAAAGGUGUACAUGUUGGAGUUAUGUAGGAGAAGGCUGAAACUCCAAGGAACAGAGUCAAUAACACCAACAAACAAGUGGAAGCGCUUCUCUUGUUGUUCAACCUUUUCUCCAAGUGCAAUGAGUGAGAAUUUGAUGGAAAAAGUCAACGCUUUGGGGGAGCGUCUCAAAGUAGGUGGGGCUGAGGUGGGUCGGAAGAUGAGUGCUGGCAUGAGUUCUGUGAGCUUCAAGGUGAAGGAGUUUUUCCAUGAUCCAACCCAUGCUGAUAAACUCGUUGGAGAAGCUACUUCUGAGGCUCUUCAUCACCCUGACUGGUCCAUCAUUCUUCAUAUAUGUGACUUGACCAAUGCUCAUAAACUCAACACUGGUGAAUUGGUACGUGCUAUAAAGAAAAGGGUCGUGGCCAAGAGUCCUACUGCUCAGUACCUGGCUUUGGUUUUGCUUGAAGCAUUGCUCAAGAACUGUGACAAGGCUUUCUUGGAGGUGGCCACUGAGAGGGUCCUUGAUGAGAUGGUCAAGCUCAUUCAUGACGAUCAGACUGUUGUUGCUAACCGUAAUAAGGCUUUGAUGAUGAUUGAGGCGUGGGGAGAGUCAACCAUUGAGCUUCGCUAUCUGCCUGUCUAUGCACAAACUUACAAGAGUUUGAAGUCAAGGGGUAUUCGAUUCCCUGGCCGUGACAAUGAAAGUUUAGCUCCUAUUUUUACUCCUCCUCGUUCUGCCACUGCUCCAGAAGCUGCUGUGAAUCUUGCACAUCUUAUUCAGCGUGAUAUUCAUGUGCAAAGUUUUUCGCCUGUAACUCCUCCUGGUUCUGCCACUGCUCCAGAGGCUGAUGUCAGUCUUGGACAUCAUAUGCAGCAGCAUGAUAUUCAUGUGCUAAGUUUUACGUCUGAACAAACAAAGGAAGCUUUUGAGGUUGCGAUAAAUAGCAUUGAGCUUCUUUCUACUGUGUUAUCUACUUCAAUGCACCAGGAUGUUUUAAAGGAUGAUUUGACCACCACAUUAGUACAACAGUGUCGACAGUCCCAGUCUACUGUCCAUAGAAUCAUUGAGACUGAUGGGGAUAAUGAAGCACUGCUUUUUGAGGCUUUGGAUAUUAAUGAUGAGAUUCAGAAGGUUCUCUCCAAAUAUGAAGAGUUGAAGAAGAAGAAGAAGGCUACAGGUGCUCCAUAUGAGGCUGAACCAGCUAUGGUACCUGAUGCUAUUGAGCCUGAUGAGUCACCCAAUUUUACAAAAGAGGAAGCCCUGAUUAGAAAACCAUCUGGUUCAAGAGUUGGAGUCCAUGGAGGGAGCCACGAUGAUAUGAUAGAUGAUCUUGAUGAGAUGAUUUUUGGGAAAAAGGGAAGGGAUGCAUUUGAUGGGGGAUUAUAUCCAAAGAAACAGCAAUCAUCUAAAGAUGAUCUCAUCUCCUUAUGAGUUGCAACUAAGCCAAAGCCUGAAUAUUAUUAGGACAGUGCCUUUGACUUGAUGGCUUGUUCCUUUCAAUUCUAUAUGCUUAUUAUAUAUCAACCAAGUUCUGAAUCUUCUGAUACACUUUCCAUGCAUGGAUGUUAAUAUAUUUUAUAUUUGUUUAUGAAAUCGGUAUAUUUUAGA